AUGAGAUCUGAUGUGACGCACAUCACUGUCAAGUGGGUGCUGGCGUUUGAGAUCUUUAUACCCUUGGUGCUUUUCUUCAUCCUCCUGGGGCUGCGGCAGAAGAAGCCCACCAUCCCUGUGAAGGAAGCUUUCUACACAGCAGCCCCUCUCACCUCUGCUGGGAUCCUGCCCGUGAUGCAGUCCUUGUGUCCUGAUGGGCAGAGAGAUGAGUUCGGAUUCCUCCAGUACUCCAACUCCACGGUGACCCAGCUCCUGGAGAGGCUCAAUGAGGUGGUGGAGGAGAGCAACCUGUUUGACCCAGACCACCCAGGGCUGGAGGAGGAGCUGGAGUCCUUGCACCGUCGCCUAGAGUCUCUCAGCAGCAGUGAGCCCAGUUCCAUGGAGACCCACUUCAGCAGUCAGGCAGCAUCUGGCUUCACCUUGGGCUCUGCAGCAAAGGACAGGAAUGAACUUCACCACUUCCUCACCCAGAAUCUCUCCCUGCCCAAUGAGACGGCCGAGCUGCUGAUGGGCUCCAACAUCAACCUCAAAGAGGUGUAUCGCUUGUUUUUUGGCUCUUCUCCCUCCUCGGCAGAGGAUGUCCAUGAGAAGGAGCCGUGGGACCGCUUCAGUGCUGGGGAGAAGAUCCUCCAGCUGGAGGAGAGCCUCCUGGGUGGCUGGAGGAACCUGAAGGAGGGGCUGAUUCACAGGGCCCUGAGGAACCACACGCGAUCUAUCCACAGGCAGGCCCUGCUGCACCUCCUGUCCCAGGCCCUGGGCCUUGUUGGUUCCCCCUCUGAGGCCUCUGACUCUUACAGCCCCCAGGCCUUUGUGAAGGAGAUGGAGAACAUCCUUUUCACGCCGUCAGUGCUGGAGCAGCUGACCUGUGAUCAGAACCAGGGGGAGUUGAGGCGGAUCCUGACCAUCCGUGACAGCCAGCGACCCUGGCUGCGGGGCUACCGGGCCUUGGUCUGCAAUGGGAGUGCUGGCAUCCGCAGGGAGCGCUUCGCCCAGCUGGCCACGGAGCUCAAGGAGCAGCUGGACACGCACAAAAUUGCCAGUAGGCUGAAGCUGGACGAGGUGAACAGCACGGCUGCCCAACACCGGCUCCAUGCCCUACUGGAGGACCUCAUGGAGAUAGAGAAGGUUCUCAAGGAUGUGGACAUCCUCUCGGCUCUGGCCAAGUUGCUGCCUAAGGGUGCCUGCGCCAGCAAAACUCCCCCACCUAUAGUCAACAGCACCAGCUGGGGUGGGAACUCCACGGCCGGCACCAACUCCACCGUGGAGGAGGGUGAGGGCGAGCCAGUUGGGGAGAACCCCCAGGGCCAGUGCUCGGCCUUCGUGCAGCUCUGGGCAGGACUGCAGCCCAUCCUGUGUGGGAACAACCGGACAAUUGAACCUGAGGCACUGAAGCAAGGCAACAUGAGCUCUCUGGGCUUUACCAGCAAGGAGCAGCGCAACCUGGGGCUCCUGGUACACCUCAUGACUAGCAACCCCAAGAUCCUCUAUGCUCCAGUUGGGACAGAGGUGGACAAGGUCAUCCUGAAGGCCAACGAGACCUUUGCCUUCGUUGGGAACGUCACACACUAUGCGAAGGUCUGGCUAAACAUCUCCUCAGAGAUCCGGGGCUUCCUAGAGGAGGGAAAACUGCAGCGACGGAUCCGCUGGCUACAGCAGUUCACUGCUGACCUGCACAAACACCCCGAGUUCCUGAAUGUCUCAGACAAUGACCUUCUCCGCAGCUUCAUUGAUGGCAACUUCUCAUUGCCCAAUGCUAGUGCCCUGCUGCAGCAGCUGGACACCAUCGACAAUGCUGCCUGUGGUUGGAUGCGUUUCAUGUCCAAGGUCAGUGUGGACAUCUUCAAGGGCUUCCCCGAUGAGGAGAGCAUAGUGAACUACACGCUGAACCAGGCAUAUCAGGACAACGUCACUGUCUUUGCCAGCGUCAUCUUCCAGACCAACAAGGAUGGCAGCCUCCCACCACAUGUGAUGUACAAGAUCCGGCAGAACUCCAGCUUCACAGAGAAGACCAACGAGAUCCGCCGGGCAUAUUGGCGGCCCGGCCCCAACACCGGCGGGCGCUUCUACUUCCUCUAUGGCUUUGUGUGGAUCCAGGACAUGAUGGAGCGGGCCCUUAUCAACACCUUUGUGGGCCAUGACGUGGUGGAGCCUGGCAAUUAUGUGCAGAUGUUUCCCUACCCGUGCUACACCAGGGAUGAUUUCCUGUUUGUCAUCGAGCACAUGAUGCCCUUGUGCAUGGUGAUCUCCUGGGUCUAUUCGGUGGCUAUGAUGAUCCAGCACAUUGUGGCAGAGAAGGAGCAUCGCCUGAAAGAGGUGAUGAAGAUGAUGGGCUUAAACAAUGCAGUGCACUGGGUGGCCUGGUUUAUCACCGGCUUUGUCCAGCUGUCUAUCUCUGUCACAGCACUCACCGCCAUUCUCAAGUAUGGCAAAGUCCUGAUGCACAGUGAUGUCUUCAUCAUCUGGCUCUUCCUGGCCAUCUAUGCUGUGGCUACCAUCAUGUUCUGCUUCCUGGUAUCUGUGCUGUACUCCAAGGCCAAGCUAGCAUCUGCCUGCGGGGGCAUCAUCUACUUCUUGAGCUACGUCCCCUACAUGUACGUUGCCAUCCGGGAGGAAGUGGCUCAUGACAAGAUCACGGCCUUUGAGAAGUGCAUUGCAUCCCUCAUGUCAACCACAGCCUUUGGGCUGGGCUCCAAGUACUUUGCUCUGUAUGAAGUGGCUGGUGUGGGCAUCCAGUGGCACACCUUCAGCCAGUCUCCUGUGGAAGGUGACGACUUCAACCUGCUGCUGUCCAUGAUGAUGCUGAUCAUUGACACCGUGGUGUAUGGAGUGCUGACGUGGUACAUUGAAGCAGUGCACCCAGGCAUGUAUGGCCUGCCCCGGCCCUGGUACUUUCCCUUCCAGAAGUCUUACUGGCUUGGGAAUGGACGGAUCGAAACCUGGGAGUGUACCUGGCCCUGGUCACGAACUACUCGCCUUAGCAUCAUGGAGGAGGAUCAAGCCUGUGCAAUGGAGAACAGGAGACUGGAGGAGACCCGAGGCAUCGAGGAGGAGCCGAACCACCUGCCCUUGGUUGUCUGUGUCGACAAGCUCACCAAGGUCUACAAGACAGACAAGAAGCUGGCACUGAACAAGCUGAGUCUGAACCUCUACGAGAACCAAGUGGUGUCCUUCCUGGGGCACAAUGGGGCAGGCAAGACCACCACUAUGUCCAUCCUGACAGGCCUCUUUCCACCAACCUCGGGCUCUGCCACUAUCUACGGCCAUGACAUCCGGACAGAGAUGGAUGAGAUCCGGAAGAACUUGGGCAUGUGUCCGCAGCACAACGUGCUCUUUGACAAGCUGACAGUGGAGGAGCACCUCUGGUUCUACUCGCAGCUCAAGAGCAUGGCGGAGGAGGAGAUCCGCAAGGAGAUGGAUAAGAUGAUCGAAGACCUGGAGCUGUCCAACAAGCGGCACUCACUGGUGCAGACGCUCUCUGGGGGGAUGAAGAGGAAGCUCUCGGUAGCCAUUGCCUUUGUGGGUGGUUCACGGGCUGUCAUCUUGGAUGAGCCCACAGCCGGUGUGGAUCCGUAUGCACGCAGGGCCAUCUGGGAUCUGAUCCUCAAAUACAAACCAGGAAGGACCAUCCUCCUCUCCACACACCACAUGGAUGAGGCUGACCUGCUGGGGGACCGCAUCGCUAUCAUUUCCCAUGGCAAGCUCAAGUGCUGUGGCUCCCCGCCCUUCCUCAAGAGCACCUAUGGGGAUGGCUACAAGCUGACAGUGGUCAAAAGGCAAUCAGAUGCCCGGAAUAACACAGAUGCAGGACAGACUCACAGCCCUCCAUCCCAUUCUUCAGUCAGCCCGUGCUCCGAGCCCCGGGUCUCCCAAUUCAUCAAAAAGUAUGUUGCCUCCUGCUUGCUGAUCUCGGACACCAACACAGAGCUCUCCUACAUCCUGCCCAGUGAGGCUGUCAAGAAAGGCUGCUUUGAGAGGCUUUUCCAGCACCUGGAACAGAGCUUGGAUGAUCUGGACCUGACCAGCUUUGGGCUAAUGGACACAACCCUGGAAGAGGUCUUCCUGAAGGUCUCCGAGGAGGACCAGUCCUUGGAGAACAGUGAUAUUGAUGUGAAGGAGUCCAAGAAGGAUGCCCUGCAGCCACCAGCUCCCCCAAUGGGCCCAAAGCCUGAGGCCAAUGGAGAGCCCCUUCCUGAAGUGGAGGCACCUGAGAAGCCGGACGUGGAGCUCAGCAACCUGGUGGCCUGCUCCAAGCUGGCCCAGUCCCAGGCGUCCCUGCGCUCGGCUUCCUCUGUGGGCUCCGUGCGGGGUGAUGAAGGUGGGGCUUAUUCGGAGUUCUAUGGGGAUUACUCUCCGUUGUUUGAUAAUCUGCAGGACCCUGAUAACAUCAGUCUGCAAGACCAAGAGGUCAAUGCUGAGGCUGAAGACCAGGCCCUGGCAGGACAGGGGAGCUUUAAGCUGGAGGGCUCCUGGCUCAAGCUACGCCAGUUCCACGGGCUGAUAGUCAAGCGCUUCCACUGUGCCAAACGCAACACCAAGGCCCUUUUCUCGCAGAUCCUGCUGCCUGCCUUCUUCGUUUGCGUGGCCAUGACUGUGGCACUCUCUGUGCCUGAAAUAGGUGACCUGCCCCCUCUGAUCCUCUCACCGUCUCAGUAUCACAACUACACCCAGCCCAAGGGCAACUUCAUCCCCUACGCCAAUGAGGAACGACGCGAGUACCGCAUAAAGCUGUCUCCUGAUGCCAGCCCUCAGCUGCUCGUCAACACCUUCCACCUGCCCUCAGGGGUGGGGGCCACCUGCGUGCUGAAGACAGCCUUCAACAGCACCCUAGACCAGCUGGUGCAGUCCUUGAACCUCAACAGCAAUGAGUCCAAGAUGCUGGCGGCCAAGUACUUUGAUGCCAUGUGUGUUGACUCCUUCACCCAGGGCCUGCCGCUCUCCAACUUUGUGCCACCACCUCCGUCCCCUGCCCCAUCUGACUACCCUGUCUCCAUGGACGAGGACUUGCUGCAUGCCUGGAACUCCACCACCUACCCCUCCACUGUCAAAGAAACCAUCACCUCGGCACCGUCCUUGCCCCGCAUCAUCCAUGAGCCGAUUAAGUGCACUUGCUCCAUGCAGGGGACGGGCUUCUCCUGCCCCAGCGGGGUGGGAGGCCACCCGCCUCAGAUGAAGGUUGUGACAGGGGACAUCCUAGCUGACAUCACCGGGCGCAAUGUUUCAGAGUACCUGCUUUACACCUCGGACCGCUUCCGACUGCACAGGUAUGGGGCGCUCACCUUUGGCAAUGUCCAGAAAUCCAUCCCAGCAUCGUUUGGGGUCAAGGCUCCUCCCACGGUCCGGAAGAUCGCGGUCAGGAGAACAGCCCAGGUCUUCUACAACAACAAGGGCUACCACAGCAUGCCCACCUACCUCAAUGCACUGAACAAUGCCAUCCUGCGCGCCAACUUGCCCAAAAGCAGGGGAAACCCAGCUGCCUAUGGUAUCACAGUAACCAAUCACCCCAUGAACAAGACCAGCGCCAGCCUCUCCCUGGAUUACCUCCUGCAAGGCACAGAUGUGGUCAUUGCCAUCUUCAUCAUCGUGGCCAUGUCCUUCGUGCCAGCCAGCUUUGUGGUGUUCCUAGUGGCUGAGAAGGCUACCAAAGCCAAGCACCUGCAGUUCGUGAGCGGCUGUGACCCAGUGAUCUAUUGGCUGGCCAACUAUGUCUGGGAUAUGCUGAACUACCUGGUGCCAGCCACCUGCUGCAUCAUCAUCCUCUUUGUGUUCGACCUUCCGGCAUAUACCUCUUCCACCAACUUCCCGGCCGUUCUCUCGCUUUUCCUGCUCUACGGUUGGUCUAUUACCCCCAUCAUGUACCCAGCCUCCUUCUGGUUUGAGGUGCCCAGCUCAGCUUAUGUCUUCUUGAUCGUUAUUAACCUCUUCAUUGGCAUCACGGCCACCGUCGCAACCUUCCUACUGCAGCUCUUUGAGCACGACAAGGACUUGAAGGUCGUUAACAGCUACCUGAAGAGUUGCUUCCUCAUCUUCCCUAACUACAACUUGGGUCACGGGCUGAUGGAAAUGGCAUACAAUGAAUACAUCAAUGAAUACUACGCCAAGAUCGGGCAGUUUGAUAAAAUUAAAUCACCCUUUGAGUGGGACAUCGUGACCCGUGGCCUGGUCGCCAUGACAAUUGAAGGCUUUGUUGGUUUCUUCAUCACGAUUAUGUGCCAGUAUAACUUCCUUCGGAAACCACAGCGGCUGCCUGUCUCCACCAAACCCAUCGAGGACGACAUCGAUGUGGCCAAUGAGAGGCACCGGGUCCUGCGUGGCGAUGCCGACAACGACAUGCUCAAGAUAGAGAACCUGACCAAGGUCUACAAGUCCCGCAAGAUUGGGCGCAUCCUGGCUGUGGACCGGCUGUGCGUGGGCGUUCGUCCUGGGGAGUGCUUUGGAUUGCUGGGUGUCAAUGGAGCAGGCAAGACCACCACCUUCAAGAUGCUGACUGGGGACGAGAGCACCACAGGGGGAGAGGCCUUCAUCAACGGACACAGCAUCCUGAAGGAGCUGCUCCAGGUGCAGCAGAGCUUGGGCUACUGCCCCCAGUUUGAUGCCCUCUUCGACGAGCUCACAGCUCAGGAGCACCUGGAGCUGUACACCCGGCUGCGUGGCAUCCCCUGGAAGGAUGAGGAGAGGGUGGUGAAGUGGGCGCUAAAGAAGCUGGAACUCGACAAAUAUGCUGACAAGCCGGCCAGCACCUACAGCGGAGGCAACAAGAGGAAACUGUCCACAGCCAUCGCCCUGAUUGGAUACCCCUCCUUUAUCUUCUUGGACGAGCCCACAACGGGCAUGGACCCCAAGGCACGUCGCUUCCUGUGGAACCUCAUCCUGGACAUCAUCAAAACUGGACGCUCGGUUGUGCUGACAUCCCACAGCAUGGAGGAGUGCGAGGCGCUGUGCACCAGGCUGGCCAUCAUGGUGAAUGGGCGGCUCAAGUGUCUUGGCAGCAUCCAGCACCUGAAAAACAGAUUUGGAGACGGCUACAUGAUCACAGUACGGACCAAGUCCAGCCUCAACGUCAAGGAAGUAGUGCGGUUCUUCAACCGGAACUUCCCAGAGGCCAUCCUCAAGGAGCGACACCACACCAAGGUGCAGUACCAGCUCAAGUCGGAGCAGAUCUCACUGGCCCAGGUCUUUAGCAAGAUGGAGCAGGUGGUGGACGUGCUGGGCAUAGAGGACUACUCGGUCAGCCAGACCACGCUCGAUAAUGUGUUUGUGAAUUUUGCCAAGAAACAAAGUGACAACCUGGAGCAGCAGGAGACCAGCCCCAACUGUUCCAUCCAGUCACCCCUGGAGCGUGUCCUGAGCUUGCUGCGCCCACACGCUGCCCCCACUGAGCUGCGGGCCCUGGUGGUGGAGGAACCUGAGGAUCUGGAGACUGAUGACGAGGGCUUGAUCAGCUUUGAGGAAGAGAGGGCUCAGCUCUCCUUCAACACGGACACACUCUGCUGAGGAAUCGCGGGAGCGAACUCCCCAGCUUUGGAGCUGCCAACUCCCUCUUCUGCCCUUGCGCCCUCUCCCUUGCCCCAGUCCUGCCUGCCCCGACCUCUACGGAGCAGCACUCAUCCAGCAUUAGCAAGACUGGCGGCCAUCUCCACCUCCAUUGGCGAGGCCAGUAGUGGCCUGGAUCCUCCAGUCUGAGCCGGAGGCUGCUGUGGAGCCCCUGUAGAGGGCAGAGCGUUGGCCUGGAUGGACCAGGGGGUGGCUUGUCCCCCUGUACCAGCUGCCUGCUGGACCCACAAGCCAGGUGCACGCCUGUCCUGGACUGCCUUGACCACUUUGCCUGUGGUAGAGAAGAGGACGGGUUGCCUGGGGCUUCCGAGGCAGGGGGACAGUCAGGAAGAUGGGAGCGGGAGCAAGGAACAGGUGUACAGAUCAGCCGGCACUUCCGCUGCUUUCUUUGCUCACACUGGACGUGGGAGAGGAGCAGGGCUGCGCCACCCUGCGGACAGCAGUGGGCCUUCACAGAAGGACUGACCCGUCUGCUUCUGCUGCCCUGCAGAAGGGCUUUUCUGUCCCUCCCAAACCCCCCAGUGCAGAGGGUGGGAAAGGCACAGUACCCAGUGCUGCCCGCCCCCCCAGGCUGGGGCAGACAGCACAGCCUCGGGGAAGGGAAAGAGGUUUUAUUUUUUAAUGAAAUGAGAUUCUCCAGUUGGAUGCAGCAAUGCCAAGACUUGCUCCUGUAGGCACCACCCAGAGCCUACAAGGAGCUGAGCUUUACUUCCUUCCUGUGUCAGGCGGAUGUGGCUUUUCCUUUGAAUACAUGGGACCUGAUGGAGCUUGAGGGAUGGCGCCCUGCAGUCCCGGCAUGGAGCAGGGAGGAGGCAAUGGGGCUUUUCUUGAUUGGUGGAGAUGGGCGCUCCCCUGCCCUUCACUAUCCUUAUUACUGGGACAUGCUGGGAGUUCUGCCCAACCAGAGCCAAGGGUCCUAGUGCUGUAAAGAGAUGUGCCUGUAACAUGGACCCUCCCUUGUCUGCGUGCAGCCUCCAGGCCUUGUGCCCUGCUGGCAAUUCAGGAGUGGGAAGAGGGAAAGGGAUGUCAUUCUGGGGCGGGAGGGGGAGCUGCUUUUGCUAUAAGACUGUCCUCCCUGCUGCUCUCCUCACCUAGCAAGAGACUUGCCAGUGGGGCAGUCCCGUGUGUCAGAGUCCAGGCCUGUGUCCCAAGCAAACCCCUGCCAGUGACCCAGCAGUGUCAGCACAGGUUUAACCAGGGUCUCCCCAGCUUCCUCAGCCUCAGCCCAGUGUGUACCUCUCCCAGCCCUUCAACCCUUGUGAUGGCCUUCCACUCCUUCCAGGGCUGGCUGUGCCCCUAUCCAGCCUGGCUGUGGUUCUGGGGCUGGGCUUGUUAGAGCAUCACCUGCACCCCGUGCCCCUCGCUUCAGUCCUCUUGCUGUGUGCCUGGCUCCCAGCAGCCUUGCCUCUGCUGCUGUUCUCUCUCAUGUCCUGCACCCCCAGCUCCUGUAGAAAGUGCUUUGGGGUGUCUGCAGGCACCACUGGCACUCUCCUGGCAUAGCAUUAACUAGGCCCCUGGCUGGAGGCAUCACCCUUCUUGCAUCUCACCUGGCAGUCUGUAUAAUCACCCCUUCAGAUGCCUGAAUCUGGACCUUGGCCCAGUUGGCUGCUUGCUUCAGGGGAAGGGCUGGCCCCAGAGCUGGUUUUGAGCUGUGACUCACUUUGUUUCUCAUUUCGGGCUGGGAGUGGUGCCGCAGGGAUGAGGCAGCCUGCCAGGGCCCCUGCCCUAGACCAGCACUUUUCUGUCUUGGCAUUAACUCUGCAAUAAUACCACACAUGGCCAACCCGGCUGGGGCCCUGAGCUGUGCUGGGGGGUGUGUACAGUCAGGCUGCCUGGGAAUCUCUUUUGUGAAGAGAUGCUGAGGAUUCACCUGUGCCACCGUAGAGCGUUCCCAGCCCCUCUACCUGACAGCAGCUGCUGGCAGCCCUCCCUGCCCCCCUCCCAAACUCGGCUGGUUUUGUCCCUCCUUUCUGUGGAGGAGCCUGCGGCUCUGGGUGGGUUUGGUUUUAACUGACUCCUGGAGACUUGUGCACCAGGGCUGAUGCUGUGGUGUCAGUGCUCCCCCCCUGCAGAAUUUCCUUUACCCUGGGGCUCGAGUGGCUUGUUCCUGUUCCCUGUGGCCAGUCUGACCUGUGGUGGGCAAGGGCACUGUGCCCAUACUGCCUUAGCUCUUCUGGACCCCACACUCUCCACUGACUCCUAACCCAAAGGGGGCAGGGGCAUCUCUCCUAGCUUUGCCCCAUAUAUGUAGUUGCUCUCUACCUUGGCAGCCCAUUCCUGACCCCUUGGGCUCUGCCUUGUGACCUGUGCUCUGUCAGGACAGUGCUUCCUAUGGGCAGAAGCCUCAUCGGUUGUGGAAGCCGGCUUGGGGCUGAACGUGCUGUGGGGAGGAGCCCCGUGCCUGGGACUGCCAGUGCAGCUCCUGGGUGUGUCUCAGCAUCUCCUCUGUUUAAUUUAUUUUCCUCCACAUGUGGCAGCUGCUGUUUGCAAAGCACCUUCCACGUGCCUGCCCCGACUAGGCCUGACUAGGCUGCCUGUCAGUCAGCAAGGAAGGAUGCCCCCUUUUUUUUUCUUUUCCCAGUGUUCUUUGGCGCUGCGUCCCCCUCACGCACCCUUUAGUGAGAAGCUGCCAGGGUGCACUUAGCUGGCCCCGCAUACCCUGUGCUUGUCUUUCUGCAUCCAUGCGCACAACUCUGGGUCCUGUGGGAUGCAGGCACUGUCCUUCCCCUUUACUCACCCCCUGCAAGGCGUCUUACCAGCCCCUGCCCCACCUAUCUGGUUCCAGGAGGGUUUUGCAGGCCCCAAAUGUGGGGGGAAGGGGGAAGCUUUGCUGAUAAAUCUGAGGGCAGCUCUUUUUCAGACCAUUCAGGAGUGAGUCUGAGUGGAGAAAGCAGUUUUCAGGGACUGUGCCUUGGGCACAGGGCGGAGGGUUGAUGGCAGGGGAGAUUAGGCAACAGGGCUCAGCAGAGCUAGACAGGCCCCUGGUCCUGGUGUGUGCCCUGUGUGCCACAAACCAGCCCAGGCUGCAUCUGCAAUAGCAGGAAACUGGCCAGCCUCGAUGCCAUGCCAAUGACAGGGUUGUGAUUCCCUCCUGCAGUAUUUUCACCAGGGGAGAUGUACAUAUCUAUUUUUCAGAGCUUAUAUUUUUGAAGUUUUUGGCAGGCUGGCGGGCUCCCUCCCUUUGUCUAAGGGCCUAAAUGCAUGGCAUCCUGGAAAGGCAAGGCUUCAGCGUUGGCUCUGUAUGCCAAUGAUUUUAAGAACUAGUUUCCCCAUUAAUGUCAAAGCAGCUUCAGGUCUGCUGAAAUGCAGCACAGAGUGGAGUGUCAGCUGGGGUCCCUGCAGCACCCGCAGCCCAUGUACCUGUGCCAAAUUGCAUCUCCUGCCUCCCCAUGCUCUUCUUUGUGUGUCACCUCCCAGCUCCCUCUGCCCAUCCCCCAGGCUGCCCCUUCACCCACAAACAGGCUCCAGCUCUCCAGUCUUCAGAUUCCUCCCACUGACCCUUCAAAACCACUUGAGAAAUCCCCCUGUCUAUCUCCUCCCUCCCCAGCUCGGCAAGAACUUUGUCUUUGCCCUGCCUAGCUUGGGGCCUGAUCCUGCUCAGUCUACGGGUGUCGUCUUCCCAUAGGAGCCGGAAGGCAACGAUAAAAUCACUGACACUUGUAGCUGCUGUGCGAGUCAGCACCAGGGGUAGCCAGGUGUGUCUGCUGGCUGGUUAGCCCUCAUCUUUGAGCUCCUGUCUCGAAAGGCGAGGGAAUCCAAUGCCAGUUGCAGCUGCAUGGCAGGGGAGGCCGGUUCCUGGCUCAGAGCUGUCAGCUUCCUGUUUCAGUGACCAGCUGUGUGAACCCAAGACAGGCAAGUAAAAUGCUCUGUUGAAGGGCAUAGGAAUGGGCUCGGACUCAUGUCUGGAACCUGAGAGGGCCAGACAUGGGCAUUACUAUCAGUGAGCUCCCCCCGAGGUUACGCUUGUGCCUUCCCAGUGUGGGUUGUCUUCAGUUGGCAUGAGGGGCAUUUGAGUUUGUUGCCAUGCAAGUGCCUGCACUAAGGGACACUAGUUUAGCAAAGGUGACUUACAAACCAGCUGGGUUAGAUGGGCUGUUUGUGUGUGCCGCUCCUGGGACUGAAACCCAAUCUCUAACCUCGGCUCCACAGAACCUCUGGGGCUCCCAGUGCAGGCCCUGCUGCAGCCCAGAUUCCUUACUGGGAUCAGCCUGGCAUGCAGUCUCCCCUCGGCCCUCUGCUCGGUCUGGGCGAAGCUGUCCCCAUGGGUGGUGCCCAGGCCCUGUGCAUGUUGGCCACCCCUCAUGCAUCCCCUUCUUCCUGAAUGCUCUCCUUGUCCACUGCCGUCCUCCCACCUGAGCUCAUGUCCCCUGCAGCCGGAGGGAAGGACCCAGCGCUGCUUAGGAAGACUCAUGGGAGCCCUAGUACUCAAAGGGGGUGAGGGAGAGCUGCAGAACAGCUGGUGAAUUGGAUGGGCUGUGGGUCCCUCCUGAAGGGUGUUGGGCUGGGCUGGAGAUGCUCCAGCAGGCUGUGAUAGAGACCCUAGAGGAGGGAAGCCUGUGUGUAAUCCUUGCUAAUGUGGCCUGGCUCUUCAGCAUACUUUACGCACCAGGUAAAGGUGAGAGGCACUGACAGUCGGCCCUCUAGCUUGGGCAGAACCAGACCUCCUCUUUAGGCCUAGCGGUCCCAGGGUCAGUCCCACAUGGCAGCCCUGGCAGUUGUGACACAGGUGGCCCGUUGGUGCCACCACAUGGGCCUAGAGCAUGUGAGCCCAGAGGCACAGUAGGCUGCUCCCUUGUCUGUCCAGUCCCAGUCAUCUAAGUCCUGCUACUUGGCCUGCUUCCUGACUUUGGUAGGUUCAUCCCCCCUGCCAGGCCUUUGCUUGUCUGCCCGCUUUCUCUGUGCUGCACCUUGCCAGAGGCACUGGUUUGUGACUGGAUGGCACCGCUGGGGCAGGAGGCGCCGCUGGACGGGGACAGUGUGGAAGAGCCUGUAUAUUGCUAGCAAAAAAACAAACAAGAAAAUGUGAAAAUAAUGAUUGUUUUAAAUAAAAAAAAAAAAAUACCUGUAAGAGCA